CUGUUCUUUCUUUUUACGAUGAAGUGCAAACAGUUCAUUGGAGUUGUUGUUAUAUGGGUCUCAAAGUAUCUUUGGUUUACAGAAUGUGCUACAUGCAACAUAAGAAUUGACAAUCCAGAAUUGAACAGAUUGUGGUAUCUUCAUAGCAGAAAUGGAUAUGACAUGAAUGUAUUGCAAGCAUGGAGAAGUUGUAUUAAUGGUACUGGAGUGACAGUAGGUGUUAUUGACAAAGGCGUACAGGACCACAUAGACUUAAAUAUUAACAGGAAUUUGGAUGCUGGAAAAACACAGUCAGAAGAAUAUUGGUCAGAACAGUUGAUUUUGGAGCAGAACAGACAAAAUCAACAAAGGUGGCGAUCUAGUUACAACAGACAAUAUCAGCAAAGAUGGAGAUCUGGUUACAACAGACAACCUCAUCAAAGAUGGAAUUCUGGUUACAACAUACAGCAUAAAAAACAAGAAUCUCUUAAACAUGGUACAAGAGUAGCCGGUAUUGUGGCAGCGAAAAAAAAUGGUCUAGGUAUAGUUGGAAUUGCAUUCGGAGCUGAAAUUGCUGAUAUUACAAUAGCAUCAUCAGCGGUAUUAGAAAGUUUCAAUGCAUCUUCACUUAGACAUCGUAGUGAUGUUAUAGAUGUCUACAGCUGGAGCCUUGCUAACUUCAAUAAUGGAACGAAAACAUAUCCUCUGCUUCCCAAUCAAAGGAGUGCUCUUGAAUACGGAACAACUUAUGGAAGACGUGGUCUUGGAUCUGUUUAUGUGUUUGCUACUGGAAAUAAUGGUGGAGAAGAAGCCGAUGUCUUUCGUGAAAGUUGUUCUUAUGAUAGACUGGUUACUAAUAGAUACGUGAUUUCUGUAGCAGGGAUUCAGCACAAUCUUCAAAAACUUCCAAACGGCGAAGCUUGUAGUGCUAUGAUGGUUGCAGCUUUUACUGCAAAAGCGGGCGGCCGUUCAUAUAAAGUGAUAACAACAGAUAUUGGAAAUAGAACAACCGUAGAUUUUACCCAAACCUCAGCAGCAGCAUCAAUGGUAUCAGGUGCAGUAGCUCUUGCUUUAAGUGCCAAUCCAGCUUUAACUUAUCGGGACAUUAUGCAUCUAUUGGUACAGACGUCAAGAAGUAAUCUCCCAGAUAACAUAUACAGAUCAAAGUUCUUUACAAAUGCUGCAAACAUUAAAGUAUCAUCAUACUUUGGAUUUGGAUUACUAGAUAUCGGCAAACUAGUUGCAAAAAGCAAAACAUGGUAUAGCGUCCCAAGCAGACAAAAUUGUAGAUCAACAACUACGUACAACAAGCGACUAAAUCGUGACUCAAUCGAGGUUCAAGUCACUCAAUGCUCUGUUACUUAUAUCGAACAUGUCGAAGUGUCCUUAAAAGUAAACCACCAAUAUGCGGGACAGAUAAAAUGGGUUCUCGUAUCUCCACAUGGCACAAAAUCUACAAUUCUUCCUGGCAGAGGUCUUGAUCCUACUACAAAUAUGGACAUAACUGUCUUAACUGUUCAAAUGUGGGGAGAAAAUCCAAUUGGAUACUGGACAUUAGAACCCACAGCUGUGUUCGGUAAAAGUCUUGGUUACGGAACUGUAGAAUCAGCAAGCCUAUUGGUACAUGGAUAUGCGUGUCGAAGUUCUGUAGACGAAUGUCUACCACCUUCUGAACAAGAUCGACCAUCACCAGCAGUUAGAUCACUGCCAGAGCAAGUUGACAGAACACAAGCUGUGGCUUCUUCAUUAAUGACAGAUCAAGAAUUUUGGACCAAUUGGGGUCAAUGGUCAAGCUGCUCGGUAACAUGUGGACAAGCAACUCAAAGCCGGCGUAGACAAUGCCAUUCAGGAUCAUGUUCAGGCGUACGUCUUGAAACAAGACGAUGCAGUGAUCUGGAAUGUCAAAAUGAAGUACAUUAUAAUGGAAGGAGAUCUGGUGUAUGUCCACCUCAAAAUGAGUUAACAACCAGAUGUAUGGAACAGUGUUCUUAUGACUCAGAUUGUUCCGUCAAUCAAAAAUGUUGUUUCAACGGAUGUGGGAAAACAUGUGAGAUGUCAAGAGCAUAUCAAGGAUCUUGGACCAAUUGGAACCAAUGGUCAAUAUGCUCGGUAACAUGUGGACGAGGAACUCGAAGCCGGCGUAGACAAUGCCAUUCAGGACACUGUUCAGGCGAACGUUCUGAAACAGGACAAUGCAACAAUCAUGAAUGUCAAACUGAAGUACAAUAUAAUGGAAUGUUGGGAGAAUGGUCACAAUGGUCACAAUGGUCACGAUGCUCUUCGACAUCUGGUUAUGGAACCCGUGAUCGUAGACGGCAAUGCGCAGGUACAUGUCAUGGUAACAGACGGGAAUCGAAGGACUGUUUCACACCAUGUCUUCCUCAUAGUUGUUGUGAUACUUAUGCUAGUUGCAGUGAUUACGUUAGAAGACACCAAUGCCGUACAACGGACUAUGUAAUAACCGUACAUUGUCAAAAAACAUGCGGGCUUUGUUAAUUGUUUAUUCUAUUUGUAAAAUAAAAU